GCCGGGCCGCCAGUCGCCUCAGGCUCGGGGCAUCCGCAACAAGUGGCCGCCGCUUCCUCCCCAGGGAAGCCGUGGGCGCGCAGGGGCGCCCCAAGGAGGCGGCCGAGCCCGGCAGCCCGGGCGCCCGCGCGGCUCAGCGCCCACCUCAGGAGCUCGGUGGGCGGAUGGGGACCCGGUGGCGGCGGCGCGGCGAGCCUCUGGGCGGCCCCCGGGCGCGGGCUCACGGUGGCGCUGCGCCCGCCGGCCCCGAACGCGGAUUCUAAGCGGCGGGGCCCCGCCCGGAGCCCUCGGGGGGUGGGGUGCCAGGAGUGGGGACCGAGCGCCACCUCCCACCGGAGUGCAGGAGCCGAGCCCGGCCCGGGAGCCGAGGGCUAUGCGCAGCUAACGGUCCCGUCGAGCGGGCUUUCCAGUGGCCAAGCGCGCAGGAGGUGCGCCCCAGCUAUGCAGUGUCCAGGGAGACGGCGGGCAUGACGGCGACAGGAUGGGCGCGAACAAUGGCAAACAGUACGGCAGUGAGGGCAAAGGCAGCUCAAGCAUCUCAUCUGAUGUGAGUUCAAGCACAGAGCACACGCCGACCAGAGCCCAGAAGAAUGUGGCUACCAGCGAAGACUCCGACCUGAGCAUGCGCACCCUGAGCACGCCCAGCCCAGCCCUGAUCUGUCCCCCGACUCUGCCAGGAUUUCAGAAUGGAAGAGGCUCGUCCACGUCCUCCUCCUCCGUCACCGGGGAGACGGUGGCCAUGGUCCACUCCCCGCCACCGACCCGCCUCACGCACCCGCUCAUCCGGCUGGCGUCGCGGCCGCAGAAAGAGCAGGCCAGCAUCGACCGGCUCCCCGACCAGUGCAUGGUGCUGGUGUUCUCCUUCCUGCCCACCAACCAGCUGUGCCGCUGUGCGCGCGUGUGCCGCCGCUGGUACAACCUGGCCUGGGACCCACGCCUCUGGAGGACUAUCCGCCUGACGGGUGAGACCAUCCACGUGGACCGCGCCCUCAAAGUGCUGACCCGCAGGCUCUGCCAGGACACGCCCAACGUCUGCCUCAUGCUGGAGACCGUGACCGUGAGCGGCUGCAAGCGGCUCACAGAUCGCGGCCUUUACACCAUCGCUCAGUGCUGCCCCGAACUGAGGCGCCUCGAAGUCUCAGGCUGUUACAACAUCUCCAACGAAGCAGUCUUCGACGUGGUGUCCCUCUGCCCCAAUCUGGAGCACCUGGACGUGUCAGGGUGCUCCAAGGUGACCUGCAUCAGCUUGACGCGGGAGGCCUCCAUUAAACUGUCCCCCUUGCAUGGUAAACAGAUUUCCAUUCGCUACCUGGACAUGACGGACUGCUUCGUGCUGGAGGAUGAGGGCCUGCACACCAUCGCUGCGCACUGCACGCAGCUUACGCACCUGUACCUGCGCCGCUGCGUGCGCCUCACCGACGAGGGGCUCCGCUACCUGGUGAUCUACUGCACCUCCAUAAAGGAGCUGAGCGUCAGUGACUGCCGCUUCGUCAGCGACUUCGGUCUGCGGGAGAUCGCCAAGCUGGAGUCCCGCCUGCGGUACCUCAGCAUCGCCCACUGUGGUCGGGUCACCGACGUGGGCAUCCGCUACGUGGCCAAGUACUGCAGCAAGUUGCGCUACCUCAAUGCGAGGGGCUGCGAGGGCAUCACGGACCACGGCGUGGAGUACCUAGCCAAGAACUGCACGAAACUCAAGUCUCUGGACAUCGGCAAAUGCCCUUUGGUCUCCGACACGGGCCUGGAAUGUCUGGCCCUGAACUGCUUCAACCUCAAGCGGCUCAGCCUCAAGUCCUGCGAGAGCAUCACUGGCCAGGGCUUGCAGAUCGUGGCCGCCAACUGCUUUGACCUCCAGAUGCUCAACGUCCAGGACUGCGAGGUGUCCGUGGAGGCCCUGCGGUUUGUCAAACGCCACUGCAAGCGCUGUGUCAUUGAGCACACCAACCCUGCCUUUUUCUGAAGGGACAGCUUCCUUCUCAUGUUCUGUUCAUUCCAAUGUGACCCCCAGCAAAAUGUUUGUGAAAAGCAGCCUGUGUAAGUUCCAACACCACUGGAAACACUCUUCCAGGAAGGCACUUAGCAAUCUGUGUUUCCCACUUUCUCACGGGUAUCAGAGGUCCCCCAAAGAAAAAAGCUUGGGAGAGGGAGACAGAUUUCGGUUACAGCCAACAGUGUUUUGAGUCAGAUCAACUUUCAGGUAGUGUCUGUUGUCAUCAACAAUACAUCUUGGCAGGCCAACCGCAGGGUCUUUGGGAAUACCCCUUAC